GAGGCGGCAGGACCCAGACUGUAACGUUGGGUCCGGGAGCAGCAGCAGCAGUCUUUGUAGAGCCUCCCGCGAUGACACGACGGAGUGGUGACUGGCAAGAGACUCGUUGCCACACCAGCGUUGUGAUGUGGCCGUGAUGAAAUUCCACAUUUCUGUAUUCAAAUUCAUAUUUUGAAUAUCAAGAAAACAGUCGAUAGAAAUCUUUCUGGUCCAAGCUUCCCCGAUAAUAGGCUAACCCAUCGGGAAAAAGAGCCAUAAAUAGUAAAGAAAAGACAUAUAUGAACAUUAAAUUCCCGUGAACAACUGCUGCGCAGAAAUUGGAAAAAAGAUUGUUGUAAAUAAAUAUCCUGUGGAAAAAAGGAAAAACACAUCUCCCGAGAAAAUAGAGAUUGUGAUGAUCGGGGAUGUUCUCGAUUGGGACACAGGAUUUCAAGUUUUGCGUCUCAUAAGCUACAUUAUGGGUCUUCGCCAGAGCAAGCACAAGUCGCUGAAGCAAUACUCGGCCGUGCUGGCGCUGCUGAGACACUUGACGGACCCCAGCACCUGGCACUCGGGCCUCCGGGCUGCCCUGCGACUCGCGACCCCCGGACUCCAGGGUACCCAAUCUGCCAGCAAGACAGACUCUGGGCCAAAGAAAAAGGGUGCACCAGCCCCUCCUGGCCUAGGAGGACCUGAGGACAACCCAGAAAAGGAGGCUGAUGACCAGAAGGAUACCAGUGUCGUUGCACAGUCCAACGUUUGUGUGACACAGCCUUCAUCUCCAUCACUGCCUCCAACUAACGUUUCCUCCCCCAGUUUAACCAAGGAAUGUGAGAACACUUCUGUUACUGAGGAGACAAGCUUUGCAUCUUGCCUAACUGAGGAGACAAGCACCCUCUCAGAAUGCUGUGUCCUGCCUUCUCAAAAUGUGACCCCGGCCAGUGAAGCCUCGCGUGCUCCAGCCAGGGAACACCAGGCAGAUCUAUUGUCAAAUUCCGUGUCUGACUCAGUCGCUCUGAACAUUACCCAAAAUGGUGUUAAAAAAGACUCCGAAUACGAGAGUGCAGAGGAACUUGACACUCCUGCAGGUUCAGCAGCUGUUGUGGAAGAACCUCCAUCUACAAGUUCCAACGUUGCUGCAAAUCAAACCCAGAGCUCGGAACAGGAGCUUGGAUUACCAGUGCCACUAGGAGGUAAUGAGGAAACCAGAAAUACUGAGGUAAUUCAGAAUUCUGUGGCCAAGGAAACAGAAUCUCAAGUAAUUCAGGAAACAGUAACUGGUCUCUCAGAAUCUGAUUCAAAAGACAUAGCAAACACUGUCAGUGACUCUUUGGUAACCGUAACUAAGAGUGAAAUUAUUGAAGAAUCUAUUCAAGUUCUAUCAGAUGCUGGUAGUAAGAUUGAUGUCACUGAACCUGUGAAAGGUGAAACACGUAUAAUCACUACUCAGACAGUUGAAACAAAUGGUAAUUUAAGUGAAGUACAUGCAAAACUCUCUACUACCACUGAAAACUCUCUACACAGAAAUACAGAAAAGGAAAAUAUUUGUAAUGGUGAUGAUAACUGCAGUAAGGAAAUUACAGAUAAUCUUCAUAUUAGUUGUCCAGUAACUGACAACCAAAAUAAUUCAAACCUUAUUAGCGAGCCAGUCAAUGAAAAGGGUGUGAAGGUAGAGACUAACACAGAAAACACACAGAAAACAGAAAGAAAUUCAAGCCCUCUUCCACCACCAGAAAUAGCUGGAGAUACAGAGGAUAUUCCGAUUCCUCCGAAGAAAGCAUACAACCUUGAUUUUCUUGAUAAUUUAGAAGAUCCAAAUUUCAACCCCUUUGCUACAAAGACUGUGGUCAGAAACACUCCACCACCGAGCCCAGAACCUAAUCGCAAGCCAUUGAAACCAGCUGUAACAAAGAAAAAACAAGUGCUAGGAAAUGGCAAAGCAGAGAUAGCAAAGAAGGAAACACAGGCUAAAGAGGUAGAGAAAUCAGAAAAGGAACAAACAGCAACAGAAAGCAAAAAAGAUUAAAAGAAGUUGCUUCAAGUAGAGAGGCCUGAAAUAGUAGCAUCAUCAGAAGAGAAGGAAGAGGAAAAAGCCAAUAAGCAGGGGCAACUCCUAGAAAUAUCUAUUGACGACGCGCCUAAGACCGUAUGUAAACCUCCCAGGAAUCUAGGCAAGAGACCACAGCCAAAGGCUAGGGUAAAGAAGUCAAUUGAAAAGAACAACAAUACUGUUAUCAAUAAUAAUAUCACUGAGACAGAAGUGAAAUCAGAACCAGAAGAAGAUUUGCCAAUACCACCUUCAAAAGGCUACAACUUAGACUUCUUAGAUAAUUUAGAUGAUCCAAAUUUCAAUCCUUUUGCAACAAAAACUUCAGUAUCAAACUCUCCUCCAAAAGAGGGAUUUGUGGCACCAGCUGAUAAAGAAGGGGACAUCAAGCCUAAAGCAAAAGUUGUCACCCCAAAGAAGUCUCCUGCAAAGAAGGGAUUCUCAGUGAUAAAGAAAGGACCCAAGAAACCGGCAGAUGAGGUAGACUCCUCGAAAAAGGAAGCAAGUCAGGCCACUCCGACUCCAACUGCAGAGGCUGAAAGUCAGGAGGACCUCCCUGCAGUACCAAAUAAGGGGUAUAACCUUGAUUUCCUUGAUGAUCCUAACUUUGACCCCUUCAAGACAAGGUCAGGUUUUGAAAGCAAGUCAUCAUCAACUGCUCAGAAUCUUGACACACCUAGCAACAAACCUGAAGACACUAAAAGUCCUGUGCCAGUGUUAGAAAAAGAAGACCACAGUUCAGAAGGAGCUCAAGUCACUGAGGAAAAAGAAAAGAGUGCAGACCAACAGCCUAAAAGAUUAGAUGCAGAUGGUAGCGAUGGUAUCUCAGUAAAUGCAUCAAGUGAGAAUCAGAAUAAGGAAAUAUUAGAGGAAAAGGCAGAGCCAAAAAGUGAAACUAGUAUUGAAGAUCAGCCAGCAAAUGUAGAGCCCAAGUUAUCAGAACUUGAUUCUCACUCUGUAAAGGAAAAUACUUCAGUUCCUGUUACUGAAGAAAAGCCCCAGAAUUUAGAAAAAGUAAAACCUCAAUCUUCUGAAGAAAAGACUUUAGAUGUAAAAUCUCAAGUUUUGGAAGAAAAGACUGAGGUUGCAAAGGAAAAGGAGAACCUCCAGGUUGCAACAGAAGUAGUCCAGGUUGUGGAAAACAAAGCCAAAGUUGCAGAAGUUAAGCCUCAGGUUGCAGUUGUAAAGCCCCAGGUUGUUGAAGUUAAACCUCUUGUUGUGGAAGCAGAUCAUUCUGUGGAUAAAGGAACUCUGCCCCAAAAAGAACAUUUGCCAUCUGCAGAUACUACUUGUGAUACACUAGAUUCUGCCAGUAAAACAGAAGAAACUACAGUAGUUGGAGGGUCUACAGAAGUAGAGAAGGAAGUAGGAAAUACAUUAGUAAGACAAGAAAUAAACACUGAAAGUGAAUCAGUAGCUUUUGAAGAAGCAAGUCUCCCAAAAGUUCCUUCCAUUGGAAGAAUAGGCCAA